AGUUGUUCGAAAAAAUGAGAUACGGGUCAAUCAAUGAGGCGAUUUGUAAGGCCUUUAACGCCGUCUCUUUCUCGGCGCAUUGUCGUGGGUCCGUCCGCUUCGUUACCUACGACGUCCGCCACCCCUGAAUUUGGUCGGAGAAAAAGGCGUAUGCAGAGACGCACGGAGAAGCGCAUGUUUGACGUGGAAACCGAUGAUGAUGCGAAAAAUGCUUGCUUUGAGCGAUACGGCUUUGUGCAGAAGCCGAUGUUUAUGGAAACAUGGCAAGAGUUUCUCAGGGAACUGCAGCGUGUUGAGAUCAGCUGGUGUCUUGCUCCCAGCGCUGGAGGAACUUUGCAGCUCAGCAUUUUUGACCAUUCAGAGCCCGGAGACGGUCUUUUGUGCGAAUUAUCCGGCAACACUUCACGUUCUGCUCCGUUGGCAGAGUUCUUUGAAGCCUGCGGUAGUAUUUGCCAAGGCGCAGCGACGAAAGGCGAGAUCCAAUUCAUUGACGGGGAUAAACAUUCGGUGUUGCAGAUUGUGAGCAAAAACCGGUUUGUGUCUAGAGACUUCAAAGAAGAUCCACCUAUUCUCCCUUUUGCAUGUCAACACAACUGCCGCGGUACUUCCGUUUCGCUCUCUGUUUUGGACAAGCGCACAAGCGUCACAGCACCUCUUUUUUCGGACAUAUCAGUCCAAACACUCAAUUACGCUUUCCUAACAGCGCUUCCCAUUUUUCUCAAGCGGUCCGAUAUUGGUGUUCGAAACGUUGAUUUUGUGACAAAGGAUCAGAUGCGCCAUUUCCGUUUUGCGUGGUGUUUUCUGCGCAAAGAAUCGUGGAUGACCCCUGUGGAAAUGACGGAGCUCGAUUGUUUACUUCCUCCGUAA